UUUCGAUAGUUACAAAACCUCUCUUCUAUUCCCUCAUUUAUAUAUGCUUUGACAGUACAAGAAUCUCACUCUCUAUUCACCCUUCUUCUUAUUAUUAGCUCUUCUUUCACAAAAUAGCAGGGGCCAUUCGUCAAACAUCCCAUAAGUAUGUUCUUAUAAUCUACAUUAUUAAAUUCUUGAUUUCUUUCACACCUAGGUGAGGGUGACCUUUCUCCCAUUUCUUUAACCAAAGAUUCACACUAUUCAGCUACUUUAGUGAAGCUUUGAGCACCACAACAAAAGUUGAUAUAAACUAGAGAUAAAAAAGCUCAACUCUCUGCAAUAUUAGUUUAAAGGGAUCAUUAUUCCAAGAUUCAGCUAAGAGGAGCAAGAAUGUGACUUGCAUUUUGCCUCUAUUGAAAAUCAUGAACAACAACCCUACUUUGUUGAGGAAUUCGGGUUUAUAUACAAGCCCACCAACACCAGAAUAUGGAGAUAAUCAGAAAGGGUGGAGCUCCGAACGAGUCCCAUUGCCGACUCACAGCAGCAGGAGGCAUAUUAGUGCCACUGCAUUGAUGCCUUUCAAUAGUGGAAGGACAGUGCCUUCAAAAUGGGAUGAUGCUGAAAGAUGGAUUACCAGCCCAGUGUCUAGUUAUGGGGUUUGGAAGACUUCAACCGCGCAAAUCCACAGGCGCCCCAAGUCGAAAAGUGGACCUCUUGGGGCUCCUGGCCUUAUGUACUUACCAAAUUAUUCACCCUCCGUGCCGGUUCUAGAAGGUGGAACUUUAAGUAACUACAUUGCAAAUUCACCAUUUACAACAGGUGUACUGGUGCCUGAUGGUGUAUCCCUUCAUUAUGGUGCUGGUGCAAAUCCUGGUGCUCUAUAUGCUGACAAUAGUAUGGCUCGAACAACUAGUGUUCCCAGUCUGUCAGAUUUGUGCAGUGAAUCUUCAGUGCCAAGCUCCCAAGAUGAUGGGACCAAGGAGCCAGAUUCUGUUAGCUGCGUAGUUUCAAGGAGAGACAUGGCAACACAAAUGAGCCCUGAUAGCAGUAACCAUGCCUCUCCCAAAGAAAGGCCAUACGGAGGGGAGCAGAACAAGCAGCAUUCUGCUAAAGUCGAGAUUAGGGAUGUGCAGGUGGACAAAGGAGCCCCCAUUUCCGGACACUCUUGGAAAAGCCGGGUGAGAAAACCGAGUAAAGAAACACCAGAUGUGACUGGCUCAAUUUCACCCUGGGAUGUUGCUAAUGCAGCAGAGAACAUGUCAACGUCACAAAGAGAGGAAGCAAGGAUUACUGCUUGGGAGAACUUGCAGAAGGCUAAAGCGGAAGCAGCAAUCCAAAAGCUUGAGAUGAAACUAGAAAAGAGGAGGUCAGCAUCCAUGGAUAAGAUUCUGAACAAGCUUAGAUAUGCUCAGUUGAAGGCCCAAGAUAUGAGACGUGCAACCUCAGAAAGUCACUCCCAUCAGCCUCGAAGAAAUUCCCAGAGAAUCAUUCCGUUUCGGAAGUAUUUAAAGAUUGCCUCAUUUAGCAGUUGCUAUGUUUGCCGUAUCCAUUAGGUUCUUGUCAGAGCUUAGUGUUACAGCGUACUUGUGAUCAAAGGAACAGAUUACUCAUAACAGACUGUUCAAUCCAGUUUCUGACCCUACCUAUUCACUAUGUAAUUCAAGCCUUGCCAGUUGCCACCAUCUGUGGCGGAAUUCUGUAGAGCUGAUUUCUGCUGGUCCAAAAUCUUUACUCUAAGAAAAUACUGGAAAAUUUCACUGUGAAA